CCGUGAUGUCAUUAAUAGACAUUUUUUUUUAAUGACAGUCCAUUAAUGCAAGCAGGUAUUGUGACACAGUGGUGUGCCAGUGAAUGACUCAAGCCUGAACACUACGGUGUGAACACGUCCGCGAUGCGGAUUUCAUCUGAACGCAGCGACGCUUUUAUCAGUCGAGCAGAACAGCCCUGAUCCUAUGUUUAUUGAUCAACGAUUGAUUAGUUGCAGUAAUAGCGCUUGUGGGUUCGUAGUCUUGUUUUGUCACAAUGCUUCAGUUAGGAGAUGAGCUCACGCUGUUCUCUGUUGUCUUCGUCGUGGUUCUUCUGGGAACCAGAAGCGCCGUCUGGCCCACGGUAAUCACCGGCUCUCUCUACCUCUUUCUGGUGAUGUUCCGGUUCCCCCAGGUUCCCUCCAGCCGGGCCAGACAGGUGCUUCGGCCCGGGACUAGAGUGUCGUCGGGCGGCGUGUCAGCGGUGGCGCACCGCGGCGGUGGACACGACGCCCCGGAGAACACCAUAGCUGCUAUACGGGCGGCGAGUGAGAAUGGAGCCACGGGUGUGGAGUUGGACCUGGAGUUCACGGCUGACGGGGUUCCCAUACUGAUGCACGAUGACACCGUGGACCGAACCACAAACGGAUCGGGACCACUGAGCAAGCUGCUCUUCUCUGAACUGCGCAAACUGGACGCAGCGACCAAACACAGACUCAGUGACCGUUUCCGAGGCGAGAAGGUUCCAACGCUGCAGGAGGCUGUAGAGGAAUGCAUCAAGCGCCAGUUGACCAUCUACUUUGACGUCAAAGGUCAUCCAGAUGAGGCGGCUGCAGCGCUGAAAGAAUUAUUCCGGAAGUAUCCAGUGCUCUACAACACAAGCAUCGUCUGCUCAUUUGAGCCCAAAGUCAUCUAUAGGAUGCGCCAGGCAGAUCCUAACGUGGUGACCGCAUUGACCCAUCGACCGUGGAGUCUGAGUCGUUUUGGCGAUGGGACGCCGCGGUUCUCAUCUGCGUGGAAACACCACUGGAUGCAGGUGUUGGAUGUGCUCCUAGACUGGGCCCAUCAUCACCUGCUGUGGAACCUGUGUGGAGUCUCCGCCUUCCUGGUGCAGAAGAACUUCAUCUCGCCGGACUAUGUGCAGUACUGGGCAGCCCGAAGCGUGGAGGUGGUAGGCUGGACGGUGAACACGGCUGUGGAGAAGCAGUACUACCAGCAUCUACUGAAGAUCAACUACAUCACCGACAGUCUCGUAGAAGACUGUGAACCUCACUACUGAAUCACAUCAUCUUGUACAAUCACUAGUUUAGGCCUUUUGUAAUUCAAGCAACUAAACUGUUCUGCUUCACUUAAGAUAUUGAAGUAUGUGUCUGUAAUGAAUUGCUCUGAUUUAGGCAGCAUGCUGUAGAGACUUGAAAUUUACAGGGUAACAAAGUACCUUACAAUACGGGAGAUGUAAAUAUCAGUGUUCGAAUGUACUGUACACACCCACUCAGGUGAGCCAGUUUGACUAUAUAUAGAUAUUAUUUCCAUUUUAAUGGCAUUAUUCAUUGAAGGGAGGGCAUUUUUGAGAAAAGUGAGGGGAAUUCAUGUAGUAAACGUGCUACUUAAAUUGUGUAGAAACAGAUUCUGAAGUUACAGAAUAUUUAGGCUAAUGUAUGGCUUCACUCUCAUUCAUGAAAUUAGUUGUGUAUACCUUGCUAUUUGGGUUUAAUUCAUGUUUACAGUCUGGUAUUGAUAGCUAAUGAACAGGUUACAUGUAAAAUAACAUGGCUGUAGUUAAACAUGUAUGGUUAUAUAUAACGUAAAUGAUCUUGCUUACUGAAAUACGUAGUGGAAACCCCAUAAAAUAUUUACAUAAUUUUAAAAAAUCCACAUCUUUUUAUACAUUUUUUGUACUAUGGGUGGCGCCAUUAUUUCGACGACGUGAAAUGAUGCCACUUGGUGAGCUACUGGCACUACCUGUUGCUAUUUUUACCGCAACACAACUCUGAAAAUAAAAUACUGACGCUAUUGAAAGAGCUUACAGGUGGCGAUGGAUAUAAGCAAAUGCCGUACCAUCAAUUUUCUCCACAGGGAGUUUAUACGCCCCAGAUAUCGAGUGAAAACGGCGCUGAGAAACUCCUUCAGUGACUGACUUCAUGACAAGCGUCAACAUGUUUACAUCCGGCCAGGAUGGCAUCUAGCGUUUCAUGUCUCUGCCAUUUAUAAGCUCUUUCAGUAGUGGUGGUCAACUAAAAGCCUCAAAGGCAUCAGGGCUAAAGUGGAGAAAACAAAGAGGCGGUUUUUCGGACGUUUUUAUCCACCCACAGGCAUCUUUUUUAUCCUUCUCUUAUUGCUAGGAAAGUAGAGAAGACUUACAUCACUUCUCUUGUUGCCUUUCGACUGAAAAUUACAACCAAAAGCCACUCAAUGUGGCAUUGUAUCAGUAUUUUAUUGUCCAAGUUGUGUUGCUCACUGAGUGCAACAAUUUCACAACAUUGAAAUAAUGGCGCCCUCCAUAGUCAAAAAAUAUGUAUAAAACGAGGCGCGCCCUGGUGAAAAAACCAGCAUAUGCUGGUAGGUAGGUUUUGAUGCUGGUUUAAGCUGGUCCUUAGCUGGUUUUUGCUGGUCAUGUUGCUGGUCAAGGACCAGCAUAAACCAGCAUCAAAACCUACCUAACCAGCAUUCAAGCAUCAAAACAUACCUACCAGCAUAUGCUGUUUUUUUCACCAGGGCGCCCGUGUGUUUUAAAUAACAUAAAUCUUUCAUGCGUUUCCUAUUACAUAUUUCAGUACAACAAAAACAUAAUUUACGUCAUAUUAAGCCAUACAAGUCUUAACACCCGUGGUUCCUUUUAAAUGCGGUGAAGAAAUUUUUGUAAGCAAUAGGUCUUGAUCUGAGGUAAGUUCUCCGGCAGCUACCAAACGCCAACCUUAUGUUGUAUACAUAACUACUAAUUCAGGAUUACUUGAAAAUAGCAUGUAUCCUAUCUCUCUGAUCGUUGAACUUAAAUAAAAUAAUUAAAUUCUUAA